GGGGACCGGGGAAGAGAGGGCCGAGAGGCGUGCGGCAGGGGGGAGGGUAGGAGAAAGAAGGGCCCGACUGUAGGAGGGCAGCGGAGCAUUACCUCAUCCCGUGAGCCUCCGCGGGCCCAGAGAAGAAUCUUCUAGGGUGGAGUCUCCAUGGUGACGGGCGGGCCCGCCCCCCUGAGAGCGACGCGAGCCAAUGGGAAGGCCUUGGGGUGACAUCAUGGGCUAUUUUUAGGGGUUGACUGGUAGCAGAUAAGUGUUGAGCUCGAGCUGGAUAAGGGCUCAGAGUUGCACUGAGUGUGGCUGAAGCAGCGAGGCGGGAGUGGAGGUGCGCGGACUCAGGCAGGCAGACAGACACAGCCAGCCAGCCAGCCAGCCAGGACGGCAGUAUAGUCCGAACUGCAAAUCUUAUUUUCUUUUCCACCUUCUCCCCAACUGCCCAGAGCUAGCGCCUGUGGCUCCCGGGCUGGUGUUACAAGGAGUGCCCAGAGAGCCUGGUCUCCAGCCGCCCCCGGGAGGAGAGCCCUGCUGCCCAGGCGCUGUUGACAGCGGCGGCGAGCAGCGGUACCCACGCGCCCGCCGGGGGAAGUCGGCGAGCGACUGCAGCAGCAAAGAACUUUCCCGGCCGGGAGGACCGGAGACAACUGGCCCAGAGUCCCGGAGCGAACUUUUGCAAGCCUUUCCUGCGUCUUAGGCUAUUUUCGGCGGCGGUAAAGACCAGGAGGCGGCGGACAGCCACGCGAAAGAAGAAGGACGUGCGCUCAGCUUCGCUCGCACCGGUUGCUGAACUUGGGCGAGCGCGAGCCGCGGCUGCCGGGCGCCCCCUCCCCCUCGCAGCGGAGGAGGGGACAAGUCGUCGGAGUCCGGGCGGCCGAGACCCGCCGCUGGUCGGCCUCUGCGGGUCGGCACUGAUCCGCGCCGCCGGGAGAGCCGCUGCUCUGGGAAGCGAGUUCGCCCGCGGACUCCAAGGAACGGCGACUUCCGAAGAGCGCUCAGUGAGUGACCGCGACUUUUCAAAGCCGGGUAGCGCGCGCGCGAGUCGACAAGUAAGAGUGCGGGAGGCAUCUUAAUUAACCCUGCGCUCCCUGGAGCGAGCUGGUGAGGAGGGCGCAGCGGGGACGACAACCAGCGGGUGCGCGCGCUCUUAGAGAAACUUUCCCUGCCAAAGGCCCCGGGGGGCACGGGUGUCCCCCGCUUGCCAGAGCGCUGUUGCGGCCCCGAAACUUCAGCACGCAGCCCAAACUAACCUCACGUGAAGUGACGGACUGUUCUAUGACUGCAAAGAUGGAAACGACCUUCUAUGAUGAUGCCCUCAACGCCUCGUUCCUCCCGUCCGAGAGCGGAGCUUAUGGCUACAGUAACCCCAAGAUCCUGAAACAGAGCAUGACCCUGAACCUGGCCGACCCAGUGGGGAGCCUGAAGCCGCACCUCCGCGCCAAGAACUCGGACCUCCUCACCUCGCCCGACGUGGGGCUGCUCAAGCUGGCGUCGCCCGAGCUGGAGCGCCUGAUAAUCCAGUCCAGCAACGGGCACAUCACCACCACGCCGACCCCCACCCAGUUCCUGUGCCCCAAGAACGUGACAGACGAGCAGGAGGGCUUCGCCGAGGGCUUCGUGCGCGCCCUGGCCGAACUGCACAGCCAGAACACGCUGCCCAGCGUCACGUCAGCGGCGCAGCCGGUCAGCGGGGCGGGCAUGGUAGCUCCAGCGGUAGCCUCGGUGGCAGGGGGCAGCGGCAGCGGAGGCUUCAGCGCCAGCCUGCACAGCGAGCCGCCCGUCUACGCCAACCUCAGCAACUUCAACCCAGGCGCGCUGAGCAGCGGCGGCGGGGCGCCCUCCUACGGCGCGGCCGGCCUGGCCUUUCCCGCGCAACCCCAGCAACAGCAGCAGCCGCCGCAGCCGCCGCACCACCUGCCCCAGCAGAUGCCCGUGCAGCACCCGCGGCUGCAAGCCCUGAAGGAGGAGCCUCAGACAGUGCCCGAGAUGCCUGGCGAGACGCCACCCCUGUCCCCCAUUGACAUGGAGUCCCAGGAGCGGAUCAAGGCGGAGAGGAAGCGCAUGAGGAACCGCAUUGCUGCCUCCAAGUGCCGAAAAAGGAAGCUGGAGAGAAUCGCCCGGCUGGAGGAAAAAGUGAAAACCUUGAAAGCUCAGAACUCGGAGCUGGCGUCCACGGCCAACAUGCUCAGGGAACAGGUGGCACAGCUUAAACAGAAAGUCAUGAACCACGUUAACAGUGGGUGCCAACUCAUGCUAACGCAGCAGUUGCAAACAUUUUGAAGAGAGACUGUUGGGGGCUGAGGGGCAAUGGAGAAAAAAAAUAACACAGAGAGACAGACUUGAGAACUUGACAAGUUGCGACGGAGAGAAAAAAGAAGUGUCCGAGAACUAAAGCCAAGGGUAUCCAAGUUGGACUGGGUUGCGUCCUGACGGCGCCCCCAGUGUGCACGAGUGGGAAGGACUUGGCGCGCCCUCCCUUGGCGUGGAGCCAGGGAGCGGCCGCCUGCGGGCUGCCCCGCUUUGCGGACGGGCUGUCCCCGCGCGGACGGAACGUUGGACUUUUCGUUAACAUUGACCAAGAACUGCAUGGACCUAACAUUCGAUCUCAUUCAGUAUUAAAGGGGGGAGGGGGAGGGGGUUACAAACUGCAAUAGAGACUGUAGAUUGCUUCUGUAGUACUCAUUAAGAACACAAAGCGGGGGGGAGGGCUGGGGAGGGGCGGCAGGAGGGAGGUUUGUGAGAGCGAGGCUGAGCCUACAGAUGAACUCUUUCUGGCCUGCCUUCGUUAACUGUGUAUGUACAUAUAUAUAUUUUUUAAUUUGAUGAAAGCUGAUUACUGUCAAUAAACAGCUUCAUGCCUUUGUAAGUUAUUUCUUGUUUGUUUGUUUGGGUGUCCUGCCCAGUGUUGUUUGUAAAUAAGAGAUUUGGAGCACUCUGAGUUUACCAUUUGUAAUAAAGUAUAUAAUUUUUUUAUGUUUUGUUUCUGAAAAUUCCAGAAAGGAUAUUUAAGAAAAUACAAUAAACUAUUGAAAAGUACUCCCCUAACCUCUUUUCUGCAUCAUCUAUAGAUACUAGCUAUCUAGGUGGAGUUGAAAGAGUUAAGAAUGUCAAUUAAAAUCACUCUCAGUGCUUCUUACUAUCAAGCAGUAAAAACUGUUCUCUCUUAGACUUUAGAAAUAAAUGUUCCUGAUGUACCUGCUUGUAUGGUCAGGCUAUACUCUUCUUCCCCCAGCUAUCUAUAUGGAAUUGCUUACCAAAGGAUAGUGCGAUGUUUCAGGAGGCUGGAGGAAGGGGGGGGGGGUGUUGCAGUUGAGAGGGACAGCCCACUGGGAAGUCAAACAUUUCAAAGUUUGGGAUUGUAUCAAGUGGCAUGUGCUGUGACCAUUUAUAAUGUUAGUAGAAAUUUAACAAUAGAUGCUUAUUCUCAAAGCAGGAAUUGGUGGCAGAUUUUACAAAAGAUGUAUCCUUCCAAUUUGGAAUCUUCUCUUUGACAAUUCCUAGAUUAAAAGAUGGCCUUUGCUUAUGAAUAUUUAUAACAGCAUUCUUGUCACAAUAAAUGUAUUCAAAUACCAAUAA